GCCGAGCAGGCUGGAGGCCGACGCGACCAUCUUUCGUUGCCGCCGUCACGCCGCCGCCGCCGCCGCCGCCGCCGCCGCCCCCUGAGGAGCCGUCGCGGUCGCCCCCCGCCGCCCCCACCGGCCAUUAUGUCCGCCCAGGCGCAGAUGCGGGCCCUGCUGGACCAGCUCAUGGGCACGGCCCGGGACGGUUCAGUGUAUCUUUGCCUGCCUACAUCAAUCUGCAAGGGAGUUGCAGAAAAGCCUCAUGUUCAUCGAGCCGAGACGAAACCAGACAGAGGGUCAAGUUUACAGAUGACCGUGUCUGCAAGAGUCACCUUCUGGACUGCUGCCCUCAUGACAUCCUGGCUGGGACGCGCAUGGAUUUAGGAGAAUGUACCAAAAUCCACGACUUGGCCCUCCGAGCAGAUUAUGAGAUUGCAAGUAAAGAAAGAGACCUGUUUUUUGAAUUGGAUGCAAUGGAUCACUUGGAGUCCUUUAUCGCAGAAUGUGAUCGGAGAACUGAGCUUGCCAAGAAACGGCUGGCGGAAACACAGGAGGAGAUCAGUGCGGAAGUUUCUGCAAAGGCAGAAAAAGUACAUGAAUUGAAUGAAGAAAUAGGAAAACUUCUUGCUAAAGCUGAGCAGCUAGGGGCUGAAGGAAAUGUGGAUGAAUCCCAGAAGAUUCUUAUGGAAGUGGAGAAAGUCCGUGCAAAGAAAAAAGAAGCAGAGGAAGAAUACAGAAAUUCCAUGCCUGCAUCCAGUUUUCAGCAGCAAAAGCUGCGUGUCUGUGAGGUCUGUUCGGCCUACCUUGGUCUCCAUGACAACGACCGUCGUCUGGCAGACCACUUCGGGGGCAAGUUACACUUGGGAUUCAUUCAGAUCCGAGAGAAGCUUGAUCAGUUGAGGAAAACUGUGGCUGAAAAGCAGGAGAAGAGAAACCAGGAUCGCUUGAGGAGGAGAGAGGAGAGGGAACGGGAGGAGCGGCUGAGCAGAAGGUCUGGAUCAAGGACCAGAGAUCGCAGGAGGUCACGCUCCCGCGACCGGCGUCGGAGGCGGUCAAGAUCUGCAUCCCGGGAGCGACGGAAGUCUUCCCGUUCCCGGUCCCGAGACAGACACCGGCGCCACCGCAGCCGUUCCCGGAGCCACAGUCGGGGACACCGCCGGGCUUCCCGGGACCGGAGUGCGAAAUACAAAGGCGUAAGUGCCAUCCUUGAGCUGAGUGCUCACAGGGCGCACGUGGGCACCGGGGUCUGCGUCCUGCAGCCACCAGCGUCUUGUUGUGGCCGAUGUUCUGCUUGUGGUUCCCCCGCUGCUGCCUGUGACAGUCUUCCCCGGCCAGCCGACUCCACAGGAAGAGGUCAGGAGGGGGUGUCCUGUGCAGGACCCACUUGGGCUUGGUGCCGUGCCAGGCAGUGUCACCGUAUGUCUCUACUCCUUACUAGCACCUUUUCCUGCAGUGGGACCAAGGACAUGGGGUCAGGGUGUGUGCUCUCCUGGUCUCGGCUCCCUAUUCCCAAGCCAGCAUUGUGGGAGUGGCUGUGGCUGCCAGGGCCAUGGGUUUGGUUGCAUCCUGGCUCUCCUGGGGCUUAACCAGACGGCCCCACCCUCAGAGCCAUUACCACUGCGAGUGGUUUGGAUCCUUCUCUAUCUAGACAUAAAUUUGCGCGUGUGGACAAUCAGUUGUG